AUGGCGCCCAAGGCCCCCAAGUUCGAGCUCAAGACCCCAAAGGGCACCAAGGACUGGGAGGGCAAGGACAUGGUCAUCCGCGACAAGAUCUUCAGCACCAUCACGGACGUCUUCAAGCGCCACGGCGGCGUGACCAUCGACACCCCCGUCUUCGAGCUCAAGGAGAUCCUCUCCGGCAAGUAUGGCGAGGACUCCAAGCUCAUCUACGACCUGGCCGACCAGGGCGGCGAGCUCACCUCCCUCCGCUACGACCUCACCGUGCCCUUUGCCCGCUUCCUCGCCAUGAACAAGGACAUCCAGAACAUCAAGCGCUACCACAUUGCCAAGGUCUACCGCCGCGACCAGCCCGCCAUGACAAAGGGCCGCAUGCGCGAGUUCUACCAGUGCGACUUUGACAUUGCCGGCAUCUACGACCCCAUGCUGCCCGACGCCGAGGUCAUCCGGGUCAUUAACGAGGUCUUUGAGGGCCUGGGCUGGAACGGCGAGUACACAAUCAAGCUCAACCACCGCAAGAUCCUCGACGGCAUCUUCCAGGUCUGCGGCGUCCCCGAGGACAAGAUCCGCACCAUCUCCUCGGCCGUCGACAAGCUCGACAAGCUGCCGUGGACCGAGGUGCGCAAGGAGAUGACCGUCGACAAGGGCCUGGCCGAGGACGUGGCCGAUCGCAUCGGCGAGUGGGUCGUCCUCAAGGGCAAGCGCGACCUGCUGGAGAAACUGGAACAGGACGAGAAGCUGUCGGCCAACGAGUCGAUGAAGCAGGGUAUGGCCGACCUCCGUCUGCUGUUUGAGUACCUCGAGUCCUUCAAUGCGUUUGAGCGCGUGUCCUUUGACUUGAGCCUGGCGCGCGGUCUCGACUACUACACCGGCCUCAUCUACGAGGUCGUCACACAGGGCUCCGCCCCGGAAAAGGCCCCCGUCACGGCGGGCGAGGAGGGCGCGGCGGCCGCCCCGAAACAGAAGAAGAAGAGCAAGGCCAACAGCGAGGACGACGAUAGGUCGGACGACCCCACUGUCGGUGUUGGCAGUGUCGCCGCCGGUGGGCGUUACGACAACCUCGUCGGCAUGUUCUCUGGCAAGACCCAGAUCCCCUGCGUCGGCAUCUCGUUUGGCGUCGACCGCAUCUUCUCGAUUACGAGCGCGCGCAUGGCGAAGAACAAGACGGCCGAGCAGGUCCGGAAAAACGAGGUCGACGUCUACGUCAUGGCCAUGAGCGGCAAUGGCUUCCUGAAGGAGCGCAUGGAGGUGUGCGCUCAGCUCUGGAGUGCGGGCAUCAAGGCCGAGUUCAUGUACAAGGUCAAGCCCAGGAUGCCUGCGCAGUUCAAGGCCGCGGACAACAAUGGCGUGCCGUUCGCCAUCUUCCUGGGGGAGGACGAGGUGGCCAACAAGCAGGUCAAGAUCAAGGAGUUGGGUCUCAGCAAAGAUCACCCCGAGAAGGAGGGCAUCCUGGUCUCGCAGCAGGACUUUGUCGCCGAGAUGAAGGUGAGGUUGCAGCGGAAGAAGGAGCUCGACCAGGUGGCGGUCCAGGCCGAGGGUCUCAAGGUGGUGGACGGCAUCAAGAAGGGUGAGCAGGACGGUGACGCGGCCGCAGAGGCAGCGCCAGCGUCGUGA